AUGGACCCGAGAAGCAAAAAGAUGACGAACCCAGGAAAACAUUCCAGAAAACAAGAGAUAUGUGGCAAGUACUUAUUGAUUUCUUGGGGGGACCCCAGGACCAGAAACGUGCCAUAUUCUGCGAGGGACUUCAUGUACUAUAUGAAGAGAUGUGGCAACGAUACAGCUUUGCUGCAGUGUAUAGAUUACAAAGAAGAUGCAUUAGCAAUGAUAGAAGAUUGUAUACAAGAGAAGAAAAUUAGGAUAGCAGUUCCAGACACUCAGCUAGAUCAGGAAGGAGAAUAUGCAAUCACACCGAUUAAGCAACGUAGUACACAUGAGGAAGUUAGUGGACAAGGAAUUCAGGAUGAAGACAUUGAUGCGUACAAGGUGUGGCUCAAUAAGCUGCCACAGGAUGAAAACAACCCAGAUGCAUAUUUAGAUGAUGAAACCAUUGAAGAAGACGGAAGUGGUGACAAUAGCGCAAAGCACCAAUGCGAUUUCAGCUCAUGCUCAGAAAGCGCCUUCUCCAAAGUUACAGAGAGAAUUGAGUUGGAAGCUUCUGUGAUUUCAAAAGAACAAGAAAGGCACAUUCUUCAUGAAACCUACAAGGAAACCACUGGAUGCAGGAGCAGGAAAGGUCCUGGACAUGGAUACAUGGCAAAGUAUCCGACCCAAAGCCAACUUAUGAAUGAACGAAAUGAAGAGCAGGCUCGUGCAUCUGCAUUAGCAGCAGCAAGCAGCCCAACAAAGAAUAUUGAGAUGCAAAAUGCUGCACCAACCACAACAGCCCCUCAGCCUACAGAAACAACCACUCAUCCUUCAGAAUUCACAACCAAUGCUACUGGUAUUGAAAAUAUGGUUAGUGGAAAUGAAGGUGCAGAUUUAGCGCAGGCUGGUACAGAAUCUGCGCUGGGCAUACAUAAUGCACCUUCUAAUGGGCCUGCUGUUGUUCCCACUCCUAGCCAAGGACCAGAACAAGUGCAAAAGAUUCUUAGAAUUGCUAAGUGGUGA